AUGGAGGAUAUCGUGGAAAAGAAACCCACCCCAGAAAACAACCAAGACAGCCUCAGCGUCGACAAUGGCUAUCUCAAAGACUCUCUCAACACACCCCACGAAGGCAAGCUCGUGCGAAAGAUUGACCUCGUCCUGAUGCCCGUCAUGCUGGUCGCGUACAUGCUGGCCUUUAUCGACAAGCAGACACUGAACAGCAGCGCCAUCAUGGGCAUCAAAGAGGAUCUUAAUCUACAUGGCUCCCAAUACAGCUGGGCGUCGAGUAUCUUCUAUUUCGGCUAUUUGGUGGCAUCGUAUCCGGUCUCGGUGUUGCUGGUCAAGUUUCCCCUCGGAAAGUAUCUAUCUAUUACUUUCAUCCUAUGGGCAAUCGUCCUCGCCUGCCAUGCUGCCACCGAAUCCUUUGCUGGAAUCAUGUGCACGCGUUUCUUCCUUGGCUUUACUGAGGCCAGUCUCUCGCCUGGAUUCAAUCUGAUCACGUCAAUCUGGUAUCGCACUUCUGAACAACCUCUUCGUCACGGCCUGUGGUUCUGCGGUAACUCCAUCUCCUUCAUUAUCGGAAAUCUCAUUACCAUCGGGGUCUGGAAAAUCGAAAGCAACUUAGCUUCGUGGAGAUGGCUCUUUAUCAUCUUCGGCCUGGUGACCUUUUUCUGGGGUCUAGUCAUGCUCUUCGUUAUCCCUGAUUCCCCUGCCUCCGCCAAGUUCCUCUCAGAAGAGGAAAAGCUACUUGCAAAUGAACGGCUGAGGGCAAACCAAGCCGGGUAUAAGAGUAACAAGCUCGAUCGUGGACAGAUCGUAGAGGCAGUGGUCGAUUACAAAACCUGGAUGCUGGCGUUGUAUGUGCUCGGAUGCAAUAUUCCCAACGGGGGGUUUACAGCGUUCUCUAGUCAAAUCCUCCAAGGCUUUGGAUUCUCCACGACUAGGACUUUGCUACUAGGAAUGCCAGCGGGUGCUGUCAUGUUGGUUGCGGUUAUCCUAUCAUGUCUCGCGUCUUCCAAAUUCAAAAACAGCCGCUGCGUAAUAAUGGCCGUGGUGAACUGCAUCAGCAUCAUCGGCUGCGCCCUCAUAUACGCCACCAGCUCAAUGGCCUCCCGAUACGCCGGUCUCCUCCUUAUGGGUGUCUUCUCCGCCGGUCUACCCCUCGCCUUCGCCAUGAUCAGCUCCAACGUCGGCGGUUUCACCAAGAGAGCUACAGUCGGUGCUGUCAUCUUCAUAGCAUACUGUGCGGGUAACAUCAUCGGGCCUCAGAUAUUCUUUGAGCGCGAAGCUCCGAAGUAUGAGAGUGGCUUUCUAGGGACUAUUAUUUGCUUCGUUUUUACGAUUGUCGAUAGUGUUUUACUCGGGUUCUUACUUCGAAGGGAGAAUCGGAGGAGAGAUCGGGUUGCUGUGUCUGCGUCUGGGUUGGAGAAUGAGGGCUUGGAGUUGGUUGAUAUUACUGAUUUUCAGAAUAUGCAGUUUCGGUAUGCGUAUUGA